AGUUCCUGCAUUCCACACGACGGAAACAGGGCUUUUUAUUCAAAAAUAUUUAAGUUUUAAAGAAUGCGGAAAAAAGCAAAACAAAGCAAUAUUUAUAUUAAAUCAUAUAUUGAAUUUAUUUAGUUGGCUCUCGAUACUUUUAAGCAUAACCUCUCGGGACUUUAAAGUCAAGCAAAUCAAGAGUUGUGCAGAAUUUUAUUUACAUUUUUUAUUAUUUUGUGGAAAUUACAGAAGUUUUUAGUUUCUCGAAAGAGGGAUUAUUUUCGUGCGAUAUUGUUCUAGAUUGCAAUAAUACAUUCUUUGUUAUCAUUUCUGAUUGUGACAGCGGUAGUGAUAGCUAGCAGUGACCUAACCUCAAUAACAGUGUUUUGUCGCUUUUACGCGAUGGAAAAGUUUCUGAAAGCCUCAAAAAACGCAAUCGCAAAUUUGAGCGGAUAUGAACAUGUACGAGUCGUGCUGGGAAAUCAAACCUGUGAUUUAGACUCGGCAGUUUGUGCAUUGGUACAGGGCUUGUUUCAAUAUUGCGAUGUGCAAAAGGAAAAUCGCUCGAACGUUGCAGUAAUACCCGUAAUGAAUAUUUUGGAGAAGGAAUUUCGUGUGAAAACUGAGGUCCUUUACUACCUCAAGCACCAUAAAGUGCCCUUGAGUUUAUUGACGUUCCGCGACCAGAUCGAUCUUCACGCCUUGAACGCGGAGAACAAAUUGGAGCUAGUUUUGGUUGACCAUCACACGCUCACAGACGAGGAUUCGUCGCUAGCAAAUUCGGUCGUAGAGAUUAUUGAUCACCGUCCCCAAGAUGUGGCUUGGACCUGGACUGGCAAAAGGAUUAAUCUGCAAACAGUCGGCAGCUGCGCCACUUUAGUCGCCAAAAACAUGUUGGAGAAACAUCCGGAUAUUGUGGACUCUCAGGUCUCCAAUCUACUGCGAGGUCCAAUUCUAGUAGAUACUUGCAACUUUUCCACGGAAGCAGACCGAGCCACGCCAACAGAUUUUGAGGUGAUUCAGAGCCUGGAAGAGGUCGGUUCACUGGAUACUGAAAGGGAUGCAGUCUACAGAGAAAUUCUCUCCGCUAAAACCGACAUCACCGGCUUGACUCCGAGCGAUUUGAUGAUCAAGGAUCUGAAAGUGGUGAAUGGAAUACCCAUUGCUGGAUUUCCGAUGCUGGUACAGAACUUCGUCGCAUUAAAUGGUGCCUUCGAAGCAGUCGAGUCAUUUACAAAAAGCAGGUAUUGCACGCUCACAAUACUCAUAGGAAUGGAUUUAAAGAAUAACGCGAUGUCGAGGGACAUUGGUGUCUUCUCAUUGGACUCCAAUGAAUUGGAAAAUAAAAUUAUACGAGCGUUAACUUCGUCCACGGAUCCAAAUCUCGAUCUGGUCGAGGAGAAUCGGGUCGCAGGAAAAGGGCGCAACUUAGUCAUUUACAAGCAGAGAAACGUGCGGGCAACUCGCAAGCAAAUACUGCCGAUUAUUCAAAGUGCAUUGGCAGGAUGUCGGUGUUAACAGGCCUGCAACUUCGCUCCCCACAAAAGUAAAUACUGAACCACCCAUUCAGUGAAUUAGCAUGUGGUAAUUAUACAUCCCACUCGACAAGUACUGCAAAUAAAUAGCCUCAGUCGCCUCUACCAAC